AUCCAGAGGGCUGGUUUCGCCUUUUGUGGGAUCGUCAUCGUCUCCGUCUCCGUCGUGUUUUCCCCGACGAUAUAUACAGCUCAGUUGUACGAGUUGAACGGGUCGAAGUGCCUCCAGAAUCGGCGGAAUCAUCUCCCACUUCCCUUUCAGAUUUUGAAUUCUCCCUUCCGCUUUUCUCCUCCUUCGGAUCUCUUCUUCUUCGCCAAUUUCUGUCUGCUUAAGAGAGUCUUACGCCGAUCGCAACUGUUGAUUCGAUAUGGAAACGUGUGGGGAGGGCAGGCACAAGUUACACUCUCUUCUUCGCCUAUGGGAGUUCCCUGAUCAGUAUGUCAUCGAGCCUACUGAUGGCUCUGGCUCUUCCUGCCUUAAUAUUAGUCGUGUUGAUGGCUCCAUGAAGAUCCUCGAACAAGUCACCGAAUGCAACUCUCUCCGGGUCCCAAAAAUCAGCACCAUUUUCGGUGUCGUUGGGAUGCUCAAACUCCUCGCAGGAUCAUACUUGGUGGUCGUGACGGAGAGCGAAUGUGUUGGGUCGUUUCUGGGUCGUCCUAUUUUCAGAAUUACGUCUCUCAAGGUUCUUCCUUGUGAUCAUUCCCUUAAAAACUCGCCCGAAGAACAGAAAAAGAUGGAGACUGAGUUCUCUAGGCUGUUAAGCGUUGCCGAAAGGACAUCUGGUCUUUACUUCUCAUAUGAAAUCAACUUAACACUGAGUGCACAGCGCUUGCAUGACUUGGGUGAUGAGUCUAAGUCACUUCCUUUGUGGAGACAGGCUGAGCCUAGGUUUCUUUGGAACAAUUAUAUGUUGGAAGUACUUAUCGAUAACAAGCUAGAUCAAUUCUUGCUUCCAGUAAUUCAGGGGAGUUUUCAUAGUUUUCAAACAGCCAUUGGAAGAGAUAUUUUUGACAUUACUCUGAUUGCUAGGAGGUGCACCAGGAGAAAUGGUACACGUAUGUGGCGAAGAGGAGCUGACCCUGAUGGUUAUGUCGCUAACUUUGUGGAAACUGAACAAAUUAUCCAGACAAGCGGAUACACAUCAUCAUUUGUCCAGGUUAGAGGUUUGAUGCCUUUCAUGUGGGAACAAAUCGUAGAUUUAACUUACAAGCCCAAGUUCGAGAUUGUCCGUCCGGAAGAAGCUCCACGGAUAGCUGAACGUCACUUUCUGGACCUGCGGAAAAAAUACGGAUCCGUUUUGGCAGCUGAUCUUGUCAAUAAGCAUGGAGGUGAGGGGCGCUUAAGCGAGAAGUUUGCAAGUGCUAUGCAGCACAUUACUGGUGACGAUGUAAGAUACCUGCACUUCGAUUUUCAUCGCAUCUGUGGGCAUGUUCACUUUGAGCGGUUAUCAAUUCUGUAUGAACAGAUCGAGGAUUUUCUCGAAAAAAGCGGGUACUUUUUGUUGAACGAAAAGGGUGAGAAGAUGAAAGAGCAACUGGGUGUUGUCCGGACUAAUUGCAUAGAUUGCCUAGAUCGUACGAAUGUCACCCAGAGCAUGAUAGGUCGAAAGAUGUUGGAAUUUCAACUGAAAAGGAUUGGUGUUUUUGGCGCUGAAGAAACUAUAAGCUCACAUCCAAAUUUUGACGAAUGCUACAAAAUAUUAUGGGCGAAUCACGGUGAUGACAUUAGCAUUCAGUAUUCUGGCACUCCUGCAUUGAAAGGAGAUUUCGUCAGGUAUGGGCAGCGAACUGCACAGGGGAUCCUUAAGGAUGGGUGGAAUGCCCUCCUACGCUAUUACCUUAACAACUUUGCUGAUGGAACUAAGCAGGAUGCGAUUGAUCUCCUGCAAGGACACUACAUAGUCGCCGUGAGCAGAGACAUGGGUCCAGCGGCUCAGAAGGGAGGUCUUGAGGCCAUAGCUAACUUCCCAGCAGCACUAUCGGUGGUCCUGAUCAGUUUAUUUUUCGCCACAACGUCUCUGAAACAAGCUGGGCGUGAUUACAGGCAGUUGUUCUUCUCGGUCAUGUGGGCGGGCAUCGGCCUGGCCGUAGGGAUGUUCGUGAGGGCCAACGGCAGGAUCUUUUGCAACCGGCCUCGUCUCCACAAGCCUAGAUCUUGAAUAUCUACUGUUAUCCGUCUGAUCUUUUUUUUUUCCUUUCAAAUUGUUACUGUGAAUUCUUCUUAGUAGUGAAUACCCACGUUUAUUCUUUCAUUUACUUGGCCUGAGAGCCGAACUUGUUCUCAUU